AAACAAGGCACGGAUUAUUCCAAGAAGCGCGUUCAAGAAUCGAAACACAACAACACAAAGUAAAGAAGCAAAGUGACAAUGGCUGGUGCAGAAGAAGAAAGCGCAGUGAAGGAGCCUUUGGAUCUCAUAAGACUCAGUCUCGACGAACGUAUCUACGUUAAACUCCGUUCUGAUCGAGAACUUCGUGGCAAGCUUCACGCUUAUGAUCAGCAUCUUAAUAUGAUUCUUGGUGAUGUUGAAGAAAUUGUUACCACUGUUGAAAUUGAUGAUGAAACAUAUGAAGAAAUUGUUAGGACUACAAAGAGGACAGUUCCUUUCCUGUUUGUUAGGGGAGAUGGGGUGAUAUUGGUUUCCCCGCCACUGAGGACUGCAUGACAUGGACUGAUGAUGAACUUUGUAUUAUAAUCAUUUUAAUGACAACUAUCACAAAAAUUGUAUAACUUCUUAACUAGUGACGUCAUUGCUUAUGAUUAGACUAUCUUCAAUUGGCAUGUUUGCUAGUGUUGUCUGCUAAAACUUUCAGUUUUUGUAUUCUCCUUUUAGCAUGAGAAUCAUGGCAUGCUCUUGAACAAGGCUUUUGGCUGCAGCUUGGAGCUGUUGUUACAUAUUAGUGGCUCCAUAAGAUUAAG